AAGAUCCACCGAAAGAGACUGCGCGUAAUAUUUAUAUCGCUUGAAAACUAUGCAUUUGAGGAUGUUUUAAUAUAUCAAGAAGUACGAGGUUUUUAUCCUUAUGAACAAAGAACCUCAAGUUCAAAUGGCUGGAGAUCUUUUGAGUGGUUUGAAGGGCCAGUCCUUCUACCUGCAUGACAUGAAGAGACAUCAGUCUGUCACACUCACUGACAUCAUCAUCCGCCUGGGAGGGAAAGUGGACAGUUUUCUCACCAAGGAUGUGAAUGUGGUUGUGACGGGCAUUAAAGAAGCUCAUAGCAAUUUGCUGGUGGAUGGUUCAUGUACAGCAGGGGGGAAACAAAGUGGAACCCCAAAACCUCUAGUUUGUGGCAGUCGUGGAAAAGCAUUAUUGGAAAAAGCAAUCCACAGCAAUGAAAAGUAUCAAAGCAGUGUGCUGGCUAAUGCUCGUUCAUGGGGAGUCAAGGUCUACAAUGUAGAUGAAUUUCUGAAGUUCAUCAAUCAUCUAAAUCAGAGAAUGAGGACUGCUAAGAAAAAAAGAUGCAAACUAACAACUCCUCAUGUGAAAGCUGGAGUCUUGAGAAGUCCUUAUCUGAAAGUGGAGGACUCCAGUCGGAGGUUCAGACCAUACUAUGCACAGACACUGAAUUUCCCAGUGAUGAGUUUCUCAGGAAAGUUUAGCCCUUUUGAGCCCCCCAUUCCUCUGUUUUCUGGUAAAAGCAAGGAAGAAGAUGCCAGCAAGGACAAUUUCAGGAAGAAAGAAGAAGCCACUAGUGGCUGCCAUAAGUUGCAAGCUCCACUUACUGCAAGCGCUACACCCAGAGGCCCAACUAAGAAAAGUUCAGGCUAUUGUGAGUGCUGUCACACGGUCUACAAAGAUGAGUAUGAGCACUUGCAGUCCGAAAUGCAUCGCUCUUUCAUUCAAAAUGACAGUAACUAUGCUGUAGUAGACCAACUAACGGCUGAAAUGGAUGCUGGCUUUGUUUGUAAUCCAAAUCAAGAAGUGGAUCCAACUCUAAUCAAGUCAUCGACAGACUUCUCUCAAUUACAGCUGAGUAGUUUACCUGAAAUGUUGCAGAAUACUGUCAGUGAGAAUGAAAAAUCUCUUCAGAUAUCACUGUUUCAAGAAUGUGAUCAUCUACCAUCAAUUACUGACAACAGUCCAUCUGGUCAACAGAAUGCAACCUCACUUCAUACAGUGCAAAAUAACUCUCCUGAUCAUCUUGACAAUGACAAAUUAGGCUUUUAUAUCACCUGCACCACAAAGGUUCAGGACUUUCAGUGUGGUAUUCUUUGCAUGGAUAUAGUCCCACAUCACGUUUCUCCAAAAUCCCAGUCAAUAGAGAAGAAGCCCAAGAGCUUCUCAUCUCUCUCACCCUCAGAAGCUCCAUAUAAAAUGGCCACUCUAAGCUCUUUCGGAGACAACAAAAUCCCAUGCACCAUCUCUUGUGUUAAAAAUGUUCCUGAAGCUCAGGAACAAUGUGAAGACAGUCAUGAUCUACAUGUUUUGCAUAUGCGAAGUGGUCUCAUGGGUGGUAUUCCUAACACAGCCAGCUCGCAAAGUCAAAAACAUGAUUGGGAUCAAGCUGUAAAAAUGUGCUCAAACAGCCCUAAAAUGCUAGUCCAGCAAUGUGACGAUGGUAAUUCUGACAGUGGUGGCCAGUUUGUGUUGGACCAUAGAAUGUUGCCUUCAACAAAACAAUCACUGAAAUCAGCCCAAGGUAUUGUUGGGACUCCAGAGUUUGGCAUCUCUUACUUUUCAUUUCCGCAUUUUUUGCCAUUUUCACACUUGUCAGAUUACCCAUUUUCUAUAGUUAACUUGAAAAAGCGCUGCAGGUCCUUCACUCCAAGUCCAAAGCUUGCCAAGAGAAGAAAGAUCCGUCAAAGUGAAAAGCCAAACCCAAUUCAGGGGGUUUGCAGUGCUCCUUGGAUAAGACAAUGCUCAUCUGUACUUUCCACCUUGUCAUGUUUACCAAUCUCCAAGGUGGAUUUUACAAUGGAGGUGAAUAAUCAAAGUAGAGGUAGCAUACUAGCAACCCAUGAAUCAUCACUGAAUGAAUCAUCUCUUGUGAAUCAGACCCCAACGCGGCCUUCCCUAAAGUAUUUUACUCCAAGUAACCACUGUUUGCCUCAUCAAGUUGACCAACAGGACAAUGCUUCAAAUCAACCCAGUGUUAAGCAGUCACAUGAAUUGCCUCCAAUCAAAGAUCCAGUGCAAUCCCGAAUAACCACUUACUCAGCUGAUUUGGACCCUCCUCAGUUGGUUCCUUUUUCCACGAAGACGAUCAACUGGAGUGCCAUCAGUUUCAUGAUCCCCCAGAACUGUUACCCUUUUUUUUCCAGACGCCAGAAGAUGUGUCCCAUACAUCAGUCAGUAAAGCCUCAAACAGCUCGUUCUUGUCGCAUUCCGGAGCUUCUGUUUGCAUUGAAUCUGCUCUCCUACCUAACCUCACGUGGUCCACGGCCUCUUCCGAGUCAGAUUGGGAUUCUGGCCUCUUGACGUGGUUUGCGGCUGGAGUUCCUCUUCGAGCUAAAGGGGGACAUGAUGACCUGGGUUUGUUAUUACAAAAGCCACACACUGGCAUGCAGGAUGGGAGUUAUACAUCACAGUUGUGCUCCAUACUGCAACCCUCUUGAUUCAUAUCAUUGGGAUUGAAGGUGCACCAAUCUGACAAUUGUGGCUAUUGAUGAAUUUAAUCCUAAAGCAGUUCUUCAUUCUCCAUUCUCCGUACUCUUCAUUUUUCAAUUCUACAAGAUGACUACCACCAUUACUUGUGAAAUAAGACCUAAUGAAGAAUGAAUUGUUUGUUUUUCAUGAGGAAGAUUUAAUUAAUAGAGGUGUGACUAACUCUGCAGCUAAUGUAUAAAUAUUUUUUUUAUUCACAUUCUAUUUGAAGACUAAAACUAUUUUUAUCAAAGAAUAUUGAACACUCCAUUCCAUUCCACUCCAUGCAAUAUCUCACCAAAACCAAGAAAAACAAUUAGUUUUAAUUAACAGCUGGCAAGCAUUUCAUGCUUUUCUCUUUGAGUGACCUCCAUGACUUCUCCUAUGGCUGUCUCUUGCCUUGAGUGUUGACCAUGACUUUUCAGCAGAAAUAUCCGGGAACAUGUGCUAGUAUUGAGAAUUUAAUGAGGCUUUGCUGGAGGGGCAUUAUCCAAUUAGUUUAAGUGCUGUGUCUGGCCUCUAUCCAGUUUAGAGGCAGUGUUGAUGGUAGAACAAUGCUGUGGUGGCUUUUGUAGACCAUGCAGGAUAAUAUACACUGUGAAGGCAAAAAUGUCCUAUGAAGGUCUUGAGGUAAUUUUAAAAGAACUUUCAGAUUUCCUGUAAAUGUGCAUCAGUGGAUGUGGCGUCAUGAUUGGUAUAAAGGGCAGUGUUUUAAUUGAUAUCAAUUAAUGUUUUAUUUCAUCUUUUAGUGUCAGAACUUUGGGCAUUACAGAAGUUCUGAAAGGAUAUAGAGUUUGUACCACUAAUGUCCAUGUAGAAUAAGUCAAAUCUUGCGCUUGGAUGAUUUUCCAUAAACACAGUAAGUUAGCUUUAUGAAGGCCUUAGGACAGUUCAAUGUGUUUUAAGACAAAACUGAAUAAAUGUGGAGUUCUGAAAUAAAUGUUUAUUAUUGUUAUUUUAUUUUAUCAUGAAAUGUUGUUUUGAUAUUUGUACAGUUGUAUUUUAAAAGCUGUUUACUUCCAGUCUAGAUGCUUAUUUAGCACUAUUGAA